AUGGCACUUAUAACCGAACAAGUCAAAUCUUCUACAGCAACAUUUGCAAUAGAAGAGCUGACCGAAAAUUGUUGCAGAUGUUUCCCACAAGGCACAACAAUAUCCGAAUCAACGCACUUCUACCAGAGGCGAGAGAUCGCAUACCUCUGGAUCCUCUGCACUGUUUCCACCAUCCUCCUUUCGACAUUCAUCCUCGAGAACACAACUGAUUAUUCGAAAUACUCUUUCAAGAAAGUCUUCCACUUAGAUUGCCCAGAGGGCACGGCGAUGUACUGUUACGAGAGCAAACUUUGCCUCAAUCCCAAUCAGAUGUGCGACCGCUUCCAAGAUUGUCCUGACGAUGCCGACGAAACCAACUGCACGUGUCGAAAGAAUGACUACCAGUGUCUGAGGGGAAGGUGCAUAUCAAGCAUGUACCUCUGCGAUAAGCACAAGGACUGCCCCGAAGGAGAUGACGAAAGUGAAAAGAGCUGUCCUGCCUGUCCUGAUGGUUCUCAGUACAGAUGCUCGGGCAGGUCGGGUUCAUGCAUCGACGUGUACAAGAGGUGUGACCUCGUUAGUGACUGCCCAGAAACUGACGACGAAGCUAACUGCGGUAAUUCUUCAUGUGUCGUUAUCAAAAAACGGAGAUCUGUUGAUAAAUGUUGCUGGAUCAACAAAAACUCUGCUAUUGGUCACAUUUUGGUGGAAAAUAACAAAUCCCUGCCUACUGUUGGAAUAAAAGUCGAUCCUGACAGUGACAACUACACCACAAACGCUCACAACUCCACCACAGAAUGUCCGGCCUACGUGAGACUACAGUGUGAAAAUUCUGAAUGCGGUAGACGUUGGAACAGAGUUCGACCCAAAGAGCAUGUUAUCUACGGUUCGUUUGUUGAAAAAGGUGAAAUACCGUGGCAAGCGUUCAUCAAAUGUCUUGAUUACUCGUGUGGAGGCGUCCUCAUCAGCCAGACGUGGGUGGUCACUGCUGCUCAUUGCAUAACUCAACAAGUAGUGAACAUCCAAGCCUCUGACUGUGUUAUUCAAUUUGGAGGUGUGUUCAGGCACGACAAUUGGCUUAUAUCGAGAGCUUCCAAAUUGAUCUUUCACGAAAAGUACAGCAAACCACCGGGAGUUAGAAACGACAUCGGACUGAUAAAAUUGAAUCGGCCAGUCCCAUUAAACCAUCUCGUUCAGCCAAUAUGCCUCCCACACGCCCCCAUCGAUUCCAUCUUCGCCUUCCAAUCCAUCUGCAUGAGUAGCGGCUUCGGGUUCACGUUGAAAAAUAAAUCAAUGAACCUGUUGAAGAUGCGCGCCACUGCAAAUCGUUGCGUCACUCCACCAGCUGCAGGCUUCAUGUGCAUCAGCGCCUACGAAGGCAUGGGUAGGAUUGGUGACCAAAACGUUUGCGAUGGAGAUAGUGGAGGACCGUUCGCCUGUAGGAAUAAAAAUGAUGAUAGGUGGACUUUGUUUGGAGUUCACAGUCACGUCAAACAGAUUGAAUUAAUUGAAAAAUUAAUUUUUUUUGCCAAAGCUUCCAACCAAAAGUACAACAAGCUGUUGAAAUAUGAGGUCUGUCAGAACAGUUUCGUGACCGAUAUAUAUUACCACAUGAAUUGGAUUAAAGAUAAAAUAACUGAUCAUUAA